GCUGCCUAGCGACUUGGUGUCAGCAGCGAACCUGCAAACUUAAAACACCCUCUCGCCGCUCGCCGAGCGCGUCUCAGUCCGCGCCGAGACCUGCACCCGACCGACAGCACUGCGGAACCCUUGUGCAAAGCGAUUACAUAUUCAGUGCAAGAGAGAGAAGGCGAGAGAGUGAGAGUGAGAGAGAGAGAGAGAGCCGCCGCGAAUGGGAUGGGAGGUGUAGCGAGGCCGCCGGGUUUGGGAGUCCUCAGCGCGGCGUAGUUGUGGAAGAGGGACUCGCUGAUCGGGAGCGUGGAUGGAGAUCUGCUCGUGAUUUUUUUUUUGCGCUGGAUUCGCCUGCAUAUUUUUUGUAAACUCCAGCACUGUUAACGGGAAUAAAAUAAACGCGUGAAGGGGAAGAGGAGCCGAAGCCCGCGGGAUUGGUUUAAAGUGCAUUCUUUUUUUUUCACGCGUCUCUUGAUAGUACAUUUGGAGUAUCAAGGAAUUGGAAUUCCUGUGAACAAGCCCGUCAUCUGCAGUGUCAAUGCGGCUGCGGCUGUGAAGUAGAGGAAGACGCGAUUACAGGUACACAAUGCCCUCCAGUAAAAGAAGAGAGUAAGCUCUGAUUGGCUGAAAGUACUGGAUCGAGCCGUUCUUCCUCCCUGGGGGAAAGCCGUUCCCCUCAGUCACCCGGAGAGAUGGUGUCCCUCAUGUGGAGACGGACCUGUUUGGCCUUUUACUGCCUUUUCCAUGUCCUGGCGCCUCUGUUGUCCGCGUCCAGGCAACAGCAGCAGCCCGCCGUGCCGAGCGCCGCGGGCGGGGAGUACAGCACGUUCCACGUGGAGAACCCGGAGUGGACCUUCAACCACCUGGCGGUGGACUUCCGGAAUGGGAACGUGUACCUGGGGGCCGUGAACCGGAUCUACAAGUUGUCGCCGGGCCUGGAGCUGCAGGUGUCGCACCAGACGGGCCCGGACGAGGACAACCGCAAGUGCUACCCGCCGCGCAUUGUGCAGCCGUGCGGCGAGCCGCUGGCCCCCACCAACAACGUCAACAAGAUGCUGCUGGUGGAUUACCGCGAGAACCGCCUGCUGGCCUGUGGCAGCCUCUUCCAGGGCAUCUGCAAGCUACUGCGGCUGGACGACCUCUUCAAGCUGGGCGAGCCCUCGCACCGCAAGGAGCACUACCUCUCCGGCGUCAACGAGAGCGGCUCCGUCAUUGGCGUCAUCGUCUCCUACGGCAACGCCUCGGCCACCGACAAGCUGUUCGUGGCCACUGCCGUGGACGGCAAGCCCGAGUACUUCCCCACCAUCUCCAGCCGCAAGCUGGCGCGCAACUCCGAGGACGAGGGCAUGUUCGCCUACGUCUUCCACGACGAGUUCGUGGCCUCCAUGAUCAAGAUCCCCUCGGACACCUUCACCGUGGUGCCGGACUUCGACAUCUACUACGUGUACGGCUUUGGCAGCGGCAGCUUCGUGUACUUCCUGACGCUGCAGCCGGAGAUGGGCGGGCCCGCGGCGGGCUCGUCGGCCACCCGCGAGCAGGUGUACACCUCCAAACUGGUGCGCCUGUGCAAGGACGACACGGCCUUCAACUCCUACGUGGAGGUGCCCCUGGGCUGCGUCAAGGGCGGGGUGGAGUACCGCCUCCUGCAGGCCGCCUACCUGUCCCGGGCUGGCACCAUCCUGGCGCGCUCGCUGGGCGUGGCCCCAGACGACGACAUCCUCUACGCCGUCUUCUCCAAGGGCCAGAAGCGGCGGCCACGUGAGGCCUCCCAGGAGUCUGCGCUCUGUGUUUUCCCGCUGCGGGAGAUCAACGAGCGCAUCAAGGAGCGGCUGCAGUCCUGCUACAAGGGCGAGGGCACGCUGGACCUGGCCUGGCUCAAAGUCAAGGACAUCCCCUGCAGCAGUGCCCUCCUGACAAUUGAUGACAACUUCUGCGGGCUGGACAUGAACGCGCCCCUGGGAGUGUCCGAGAUGGUGCGGGGCGUGCCCCUCUUCUCCGAGGAGGCGGACAAGAUGACCUCAGUCAUCGCCUACGUCUACAAGAACCACUCGCUGGCCUUCGUGGGCACCCAGAGUGGCCGUCUCAAGAAGAUCCGGGUGGACGGCCCUUCCCACGGUGCCUUGCAGUACGAGACGGUCCAGGUGGUGGACAGCGGGCCGGUUCUGCGGGACAUGGCCUUCUCGGCAGACCACAACUACCUGUACGUCAUGUCCGAGACACAGCUGACGCGGGUGCCAGUGGAGGCCUGUGAGCAGUACACCACCUGUAGCGAGUGUCUGGGGUCCGGGGAUCCCCACUGCGGCUGGUGUGUGCUACACAAUGCGUGCACCAGGAAGGAGAAGUGUGAGCGCUCGUCCGAGCCCAGGAGGUUCGCCUCGGACAUCAAGCAGUGCGUCCGUCUGAGCGUCCACCCCAACAACAUCUCUGUGUCUCAGUACAGCGUCAUGCUGGUCCUGGAAGCCCACAACGUCCCGGAGCUCUCGGCUGGUGUGAACUGCACCUUCGAGGACCUGGCUGAGAUGGACGGCCAGGUGGAGGGGAACCGCAUCAAGUGCAGCUCACCCGCCGAGAAAGAAGUGCCCCGCAUCAUCAUUGACAAAGGAGAUCAUCAGAUCGUCCAGCUCUACCUCAAGUCCAAGGAGACGGGUCUGGCCUUCGCCAACACCAGCUUUGUCUUCUACAACUGCAGUGUCCACAAGUCGUGUCUGUCCUGUGUAAGCAGCCCCUACCAGUGUCACUGGUGUAAGUACCGGCACGUCUGCACCCACGACCCCCGCACCUGCUCCUUCCAGGAGGGCCGCGUCAAGCAGCCAGAGGAGUGCCCCCAGCUGCUCCCGGCCGAGCGGAUCCUGGUACCGGUGAACGUGGUGAAGCCCAUCACCCUACGGGCACGGAACCUGCCCCAGCCCCAGUCGGGACAGCGUGGGUAUGAGUGUGUCCUCACCAUUCAGGGCCAGGAGCAGAGAGUACCAGCCCUGCGCUUCAACAGCUCCAGCGUGCAGUGCCAGAACACCUCCUACUCCUAUGAUGGGAUGGACACGGGCAGCCUCCCCGUGGACCUGAUGGUUAUCUGGAACGGCGACUUCAGCAUCGACAACCCGGCCGACAACAAAGUGCACCUGUACAAGUGUGACGCCAGACGGGAGAGCUGCGGCCUGUGCCUGAAAGCCGACCCCCUCUUUGGCUGCGUCUGGUGCAAAGGGGAGAACCGCUGCACCCUCAAACAGCACUGCCUCCACCCUGAGAACCAGUGGCUGGAGCACUCCGGACCCAACAGCAAGUGCACCCACCCCAAAAUCACCCAGAUCACCCCGCUGCGAGGGCCGCGGGAGGGCGGGACGCUGGUGACCAUCCGGGGGGAGAACCUGGGCCUAGAGUUCCGGGAGAUCCAGGGACGCGUCAAGGUGGCCGAGGUGGACUGCACUCCGGUGCCCGAGGGCUACAUCCCUGCCGAGCAGAUCGUGUGUGAGAUGGGCAGGGCAGAGAAGAGUCAGUACGCCGGGAACGUACAGGUGUGUGUGGGGGAGUGCAGGCCGGAGUUCAUGGCCACUUCAUACAAGUACUACUACUUUGUGGUACCCAAACUGCUUCACCUAAAGCCGAGCCGGGGGCCCGUCUCCGGGGGAACCAUCGUUAACAUCACCGGCAGCAACCUGGACGCCGGCAGCAACGUGUCCAUCAUGUUUAAGGACCAGGGCUGCACCUAUCACAGGAGGGGGGGCCAGUGGAUCACCUGCCGGUCCCACGCCUCGCCACACGGCUACGGGAACGUCAGCGUGUCGGUCAGCGUGGACAAGGCCCACCUGCAGAAGGAUCUGAGGUUCGAGUAUGUGGAGGACCCCACCAUCCUCAAACUGGAGCCUGAGUGGAGCAUCUUCAGUGGGAACACCCCGGUGACAGUGACAGGGACCAAUCUGGACAUCAUUCAGAACCCCCUGAUCCGAGCCAAGUACAACGGGCUGGAGACGCUCAAUACGUGCCGGGUCCUCAGCUCCACAGAGAUGCUGUGCCAGGCCCCGGAGCUGCCCGUCAGCCUGAGCAGACAGAAGGAGGUGGCCGAGAGACCCGACGAGUUUGGUUUCGUCCUAGACGACGUGCAGUCCGUGCUGGCCCUCAACACCACCAGCUUUGUCUACUACCCCAACCCCGUGUUCGAGGCGCUGAGCGUGUCCGGGGUGCUGGAGCUCAAGCCAGGCUCCCCCAUCAUACUGAAGGGCAGAAACUUCCUCCCCCCCACCCCCGGGGGCAACGGCAAGCUGAACUUCAGCGUUCUGAUUGGAGAGAAGCCCUGUACGUUAACCGUCUCCGACACCCAACUGCUCUGCGAGUCGCCCAACCUGACCGGGAGGCACAAGGUUCUGGCGCGAGUGGGCGGGAUCGAGUUCUCGCCGGGCGUGGUCCACAUCUCCUCGGACAGCCCCCUCAGCAGCACCGCCAUCGUCAGCAUCGCCGGGGCGGGAGGCCUCCUCAUCCUCUUCAUCGUGGUCGUGCUCAUCGCCUACAAGCGCAAGUCCCGGCAGAGUGACCUCACCCUCAAACGCCUGCAGAUGCAGAUGGACAACCUGGAGUCCCGGGUCGCCCUGGAGUGCAAAGAGGCUUUUGCUGAGCUACAGACUGACAUCCAUGAGCUGACCAGUGACUUGGAUGGCGCUGGGAUCCCCUUCCUUGACUACAGAGCAUACACCAUGAGGGUCCUUUUCCCUGGCAUCGAGGAGCACCCUGUCCUGAGGGACCUGGAGGUCCCGGGCUACCGGCAGGAGCAGGUGGAGAAGGGCCUGAAGCUGUUUGGCCAGCUCAUCAACAACAAGGUGUUCCUGCUGACCUUCAUCCGCACGCUGGAGUCGCAGCGCGGCUUCUCCAUGCGCGACCGCGGCAACGUGGCCUCGCUCAUCAUGACCGUGCUGCAGAGCAAGCUGGAGUACGCCACCGACGUGCUCAAGCAGCUGCUCUCCGACCUCAUCGACAAGAACCUGGAGAGCAAGAACCACCCCAAGCUGCUGCUGCGCAGAACCGAGUCCGUCGCGGAGAAAAUGCUCACAAACUGGUUCACCUUCCUGCUCUACAAGUUCCUAAAGGAGUGUGCUGGAGAGCCCCUGUUCUCCCUCUUCUGUGCCAUAAAGCAGCAGAUGGAGAAAGGCCCUAUCGACUCCAUCACCGGCGAGGCCCGCUACUCUCUCAGCGAGGACAAGCUCAUCAGGCAGCAGAUCGACUACAAGACCAUGGUAGUGAACUGCAUACACCCAGACAACGAAAAGAGCCCGGAGAUCCAGGUAAAGGUCCUGAACUGUGACACCAUCAGCCAGGUCAAGGAGAAGAUCCUGGACGCCAUCUACAAGAACGUGCCCUACUCUCACCGGCAGAAGGCAGCCGACAUGGACCUGGAGUGGCGUCAGGGGAGAGGAGUACGGGUGAUCCUCCAGGACGAGGACGUCACUACCAAGAUUGAGAGUGACUGGAAGAGGCUCAACAUGCUGAGUCACUACCAGGUGCCUGAUAACGCGGUGGUGGCCCUCGUCCCCAAGCAGGUCAUGGUGUACAACUCCGUCAACAACUCCACCGUCUCCCGAACCUCCGCCAGUAAAUAUGAGAACAUGAUCAAGUACACGGGGAGCCCCGACAGUCUGCGCUCGCGCACGCCCAUGAUCACGCCAGACCUGGAGAGCGGCGUGAAGGUGUGGCACCUGGUCAAGAACCACGAGCACGGCGACCAGAAGGAGGGCGACCGCGGGAGCAAGAUGGUGUCCGAGAUCUACCUGACCAGGCUGCUGGCCACCAAGGGCACGCUGCAGAAGUUUGUGGACGACCUGUUCGAGACCAUCUUCAGCACGGCGCACCGCGGCAGCGCCCUGCCCCUCGCCAUCAAGUACAUGUUCGACUUCCUGGACGAGCAGGCGGACAAGCACGGCAUCCAUGACCCGCACGUCCGCCACACGUGGAAGAGCAACUGCCUACCUCUGAGGUUCUGGGUGAAUGUGAUAAAGAACCCGCAGUUCGUCUUCGACAUCCACAAGAGCAGCAUCACAGACGCCUGCCUGUCGGUGGUGGCCCAGACCUUCAUGGAUUCCUGCUCCACCUCCGAGCAUCGGCUGGGCAAGGACUCCCCCUCCAACAAGCUGCUCUAUGCCAAGGACAUCCCCAGCUACAAAAGCUGGGUGGAGAGGUACUACUCGGACAUCAGCAGGAUGCCGGCCAUCAGUGACCAGGACAUGAACGCCUACCUGGCGGAGCAGUCCCGCAUGCACAUGCACGAGUUCAACAGCAUGAGCUCCCUCAGCGAGAUCUACUCCUACGUGGGCAAAUACAGCGAGGAGAUUGUCAGUGCGUUGGAGCAGGACGACAUCGCCAGGAAACAGAGACUGGCCUUCAAGCUGGAGCAGGUGGUCGCCUUCAUGAGCCUUGAGAGCUGAGGACCGCGUUUCCCAGAGUGCACUGGGAGAUAUCAGAAACCGAGCCGUGCCUGAGCGAAGACCUGUCCCUCAUCUAUCUCAACAUCUAUGUUUCAAAACAAAAAAAAAAAAGAAAAAAAAAAAGGUUCUCUUUUUUUUCCGGCUGCAAGUGUUCAAAUCACAUUAGCUGUGCUGUGCUGGCGAGCUGGGGGGAGGGGAGGGUUGGUGGGGGGGCGUGGGGAAGCUCACCAUAUUGGUGACUCCCAAAACCCCUGGGGUGAAAAAAACAGAACAUUUUAUCAUUAUGUUGCCUUGAAAACACCGCUGAUAACAAAGUCUCUGACACAACAAAGUUUGGUGUCCAUUUGUUCCAACUUUUUCAAUAGCAUAGAAGUGAACCUACUUUAGGGUCAAGUCAAUUUUAGUACAUUUAAUGUGACAAAACAGCAACAGAGGUGGAAAUACUAUAUAUAUAUAUAUAAAUAUAUAUAUUGACUGUUGA